AUGCCCCCGGCUAACGAUGAUCAGAAGUCCGAGUUGACGUCACAAGCUCGACCGAUCGCUCGGAGAAAGCGGAGACCCUUGUCUUGCACUCUCUGCCGACGACGGAAGCUUGCUUGCGACCGUGAAUAUCCGUCCUGCAGUCGAUGUCAGAAAUGCGGAAAGGGUGAUUCCUGCUCAUACGAGGAGAGACCUGCGUCACCAAACAUCAACAAACCGGAGCCCGACGUGUCAGGGCAAACCCGAUUCGUGCUUGAUCCUACUCCGCUAUUCGGGAACACCCCCACCUUAUCCGCCCCAGUAGGAGGCACUACAGAUACUGAUCAUUAUAACAAUAGACCUAUUGUGGUGGCGCCAACACAGAAUGUAGGAACCUGGCAGCUGCUAGGCAACAGCGCCUCCUGGGCCACGGCAGAUGGACAGCUACCAGCUAUUAAAGCUGACGUGGCUGAACUGGCACAUCCUUGUGAGCCAAACCCGACAGAGGCUGUGAUCUUUCGCGGAGAGAACUAUAAGACACAAUAUUAUGGAAGCACAAAUUCUACCAGCUUAAUCGCUCAUUUUCCGGAGCUCCGGUCGUACAUGAAAGAGACGAUCAAGCACCAUCCUGCUCUGCCUGGUGUUCAGAAAGAGUUAAAAUCAUUAGACGUGAAAUGGAAACAUGAGAAACCAAAUACCCUACCUGUAAAGGAGGAGGAUUUGUUGCUUUUGCUUCCGGACCGGGAGGAUAUGGAUGCGGCCAUUCGCCUGUAUUUCGAUACAUUCGAAACAAUGUACAGGAUCCUGCAUAGACCGACCUUCUUGGAGGAAUAUCACCAGCUGCAGAGCAAUCAGGGAGCUGCAAAGCCCGGGUUCAUUGUUCUCAUUCUAUUGGUGAUGGCUGCUACGUGUCGCUAUAAGAAGAAGCGCAUGUGGUCUGUGGCAGGCGAAUUGGUGAGAGAGGGAAUCGCGGCUGGUUUUCAUCGCGACCCAAGCCGGCUGGGAGGGAAGAUAUCCUUUUUUGACCAGGAGAUUCGACGGCGACUGUGGGCAACAAUGACCGAGUUAGAGCUACAGGCUUCGAUUGAACGAGGAAUGCCGUCGGCCUUAGCAGCCAUUCGAAUGGACUGCCCUCCUCCUCUUGAUAUCGAUGAUGAAGAUCUGAGACCCGAACCUGAAUCCACUCGGGAACAAAGACUUUCUGGAGACUGUACCACAGCUUUAUUCUUGUGUUUGUCUAGGAAGAGUCUCGACUUACGUGUAUCGUUAAAUUCACGGGUGAAUGACCUAACUGUGGAUUGGUCAUAUGAGGAAAUCCUCAGAUACGAAGAUAUAAUCAUGAGCGAACUUAGAAAGCUCCCUCCACCAAAUGAGGACAACAACAAUUCUAAUAAGCGAAAACUUUCUCCAGUGGCGAGGGCAGUUCUGGACCUACAACUCCGCCAGUUUUUGGUCUUGAUCCACGCUCCCUUCGCCAGAAAGGCCGAAACAAACUCGCGGGGGGCGUUGAAUCUUUCUCAUUAUGCAUAUCUCUCCUCCGGCAUCCAGGCCGAUGUAUGUGUCCCUGUUGACCAUAAAGCAAUAUUCCAAUAUCUUGAAAAUGCCAUCUCCAUGUUGGAAGACAGUAUUACCUAUCUUGGAACUGGGUUUACUUAUCAUUGCACAUCUAAGCAGGACGCGAUUAACCAGGUUGUACGAGAGUAUCACCGAGUGCUUGGGUCUCAAGAGCAGUUCCAUCGCGCAAAGGAGAAGCUAUAUUCAUCACAAUCCCGAAAGGGAAAUACUUCGACGUCUGAACUUCAAUUCGCAAGUGAUAAUUUGAUGGAUGCGACAGAAGUGUCUUUGGCUGACGCAGGGUUCCCUCAGUUCGAUUCUACGGUUUUACCAUUAGAUCAAUAUUUCUUUGGUGAUCCUGCUGCAUGGAUAUUUGACAACCUCUGGGAAGUUGGAUAG